AUGACAAUCAAACACAUCAUGGCCGAGCAGGAAGAGUCGCCGCGCGCACAAAAGAGGUCAUCUCCCGCGACCUCCUCGGACAUCUCGACGUCGUACUUUUCGGCGCCAUCGACUUCGCCAACCAUGCCUGGUCCGUUCAACUCGUUCCCGCCACUUCACCCGCCCUUGCUCGCCAUGGAAGAUGUAGAUAACGGCAACUACACCGCUACAAUGGCUACCGCACCGACUACUCUCCAAGAGAUGGAGAACAUGGCUCGUUCUUCAGCUUCCGCCGAGGAGCACGUUCAGAGUAUGACGCCGAUCAAAUCGACAGCAGGCAAUGCUGGUGGUGGCGACAUGCUGCAGUUCUCGCCCCGCAGCGCAGGUUCUCUAGCCUCUUCGACCGAGAGUGAGUACGUGCGCCGCAAGUCUCAGGCGCUUUGGGGCAUGUCCAAGGAAGAUCGACAGGAAGAGUUUCGUGCUUUGUUCGGCGCCCAAGAUGAGGUCGAGCUUCAGAAUAUGCGCGCACCUGAAGUCUGCAAACUAUACCCGGACUUCGCAGAUGAACUUCUCCAAGCCUACCUUUCGUCCACUUGCUUCACAGUCAAGGUCUGGGCAAAUUACGACAGCGUCGAAAAGCUGUUGUACGACCAUGAGGAACGCAUGAAGAGUUGCGGCAAACUCACCCUUCCACCGAAGCGGUACAAGCAGCUUGAGGACUUGGAUCCAGCCAUUUAUCAGUUCAGAAAAGUGCGUCUGGACAUCGGGACACCCUUCCGGACUCUGUUCAUGAUGCACAUCGGAGUCGAACCAUCGAGCGACGCCCGAUCGGGAUGGGAGCUGGAGGUUCGUUAUCACGAAAUCGACGACCCGAGGAAGCCGCACUACAUCCUACGACACGUGGUCGAGACAGCCCGCCAAAACAUUCAAGCAGACGGCGUGAACAAUGGUCAAUCGGGUCUCACAUUCGGCAAUCUCGAAGCCAUCGCUCUGGAGUUCCGCUACAAGGCCAAGAAUGUCGCGGAGGAGAAGCAGUCGAAAGAUUUAUCUGGCAACAUGAAUCGCUACGAAGCCUCAAGCUCGAGUGACGCUGGAUCUCCGGACGCCUCGAGCUCGAGUUCCGGCGGAUGUUUGAUCUAUACUAGUGGCCUGGGAGGUUGA